AUGUGUCUAUGUUUGGGAAAAUGUGUCGUCCGUUACUUUUUAGUCAGCAUAAAUUUGAUAUUUUUUUUCAUAGGUGCAGCCAUCGCAAUCGCCGGAGGCAUCCUCCUCUACCAGUUGAGGACUAAUUCACCUCUGGAUGUACAGGACUAUGAUCUAGAAAUUAUACUUGUCAUAGUUUUAGGAUGUGUCAUUGCAUUCAUCAGUGCCAUGGGCUGGUGCGGAGCCUGUGCCGAGAAGAAAGUGCUACUAUAUAUAUAUUCCGGUAUUGUGGUGGUCCUUGCAGCUCUACAGGUGUAUGCAGUGGUAAAACUGCGAAGUGCAGAUGUUAUCUCUGAGGAUAAGAUUAUUAAUUCGCUGGAAAAAACCUUUAACGACACCAGUCAGCGAGAAACAUUUCACGUUUUGGAGUCAACCUUUAAAUGCUGUGGACCAACUGGCCCUGAAUCAUACAUCGGAGUGUAUGACCAACUACCACCGUCAUGCUGUGUCAAUGCCACCAUCAUGCCAGAUCUGGACAAACCCGUGAUAGUGGACCAGAUCGGCUCUAAGGCACUGUCGUGCUCGAUUGAUGACGCACACCUCGGAUGUAGUACCGUUUUGAUGGAAUUCUUGAAAAUGGUCGUACAUUAUCUGGGAUUGGGAUUCAUCGUUGUUAUUGCUGUUGAGUUACUUGCAAUUGUCUUGGCAUUAUCGCUUUCCUGCUGCAUUGCUCCAAAGACAGGUUAA